AUGGCACAAUUAUAGGCAAAUCUAGACUUUAGCUUUUAAAAGUUAAUUUUUAAACUAGAUUAAAGGCAAUAAUUCGAUUAUAAAGUUAAAGAAAUAGAAAAGGAUAUAUUUACCUUUGAUUUUCACAAAAUUUAAGAAGAGGUGAUACAAUUUCUGAAAGAUGAUCAUAAGAUUUAGAAUGUAGAGAUAUUGUAAUUAAAAAACAAUAAGCUACAAUUUGUUUCAGAAAAACAUAGUAGCGAUAACUAAUAGCUUGAGAUAUUAUUUGGGGCAGUAGAUUACUUAGAUUAUGAUUUUAAUGAUUUCAGGUAAUUUGUAUUUGAUCUUCCUAGAGUAUACUCCUCUUACUCAGAAAAAUUAGUUUUAAAAGAUUAUGAGCUAAUAAUUUAAAAUGAUGAUAUAAAAGUAAAAUAUUAACAAUUUUAUAGUCUGAGAUUUAGAAAUUAUAUAGGAGAAAUUAAAGAUCAUAUGGUUUGUGUUGUAUUCUAUAAAAUAAUAGGGCUGUAAUAUAUACCUCAACAAAAUAUGGAUUCAUAGUAGCUGAUGUAGUUUUAACCUUUAAAUAUACAAAAAAUAACAGAAAGCUAAUUAAUGCACUUUAUAUAGAAGGUUUUAACCAUAAUUGCUGAAGGAAAUUAUUUUUAUUCACUAUCAAAAAAUGCUAUCUUUAUAAAUCCUUUAUAGCAAUGUUUAGAGUUUAUAGCCAUACCAAUAAAAUAUACAGAUAAUAGGACUUAUGAGCAAGAUAUUUUAAGUUGUGAAAACUAAAUUCUUUAAUAAAUUUUAAGACUUUAAUAAGAUUUUUAAUAUUAUCAGGCACCAACAAGAGUAAUGGAUAUUUUUAUGGGAGAUGGCUUGUAUUCAUAAAAUAUAACUAAAGUAAAAAGAGAGCUACCUUUAAUGUGUUUAAGUUAAUAAAUAGGAUUUCCUUUAUAUUGGUAUUUAUUUCAUAAUAUAUCCUACAUGGAAAUAGGUCCUUUUUAAGCUUUGAAAAACAAAGCUUAUAUUGUUUAUAAAAUGAAUGAUUUAUAUUUUUAUUAUGAUGGUAAAAUUAAUAACCAAAAUGAGAAGCAUUCAUAAUAUUAAGAAUAUAAAAACUUAAUCUAUUGCUUUAACUAAGCUCAGCAUGACUUUAUAACUUAGGUUUAUGAGUAAACUAGAUUUAAAAGUUCCCAAAGUUAAAGUGACUAAUUACAAAAAAUAGAGAGUAUCAAUAAACUCUUUUAAGAAAAUUUUAAGUAAAAUCAUAAUUUAGUAUUUGAAGGCUGUUUGAAGAACAAUUUGCCACAUGGAGAGUGCAAAAUUAAAAUAUUUUUAAAUCCUGUAGUGAAAUAAAGAAUACUAUCUUAAAAUUCCACUCAACCAUUUAAUGAAGCUUUGUUUAAAAAAAAUGUAGAAGGCAACUUUGAUUUUGGUAUUUUAGAUGGAGAGGGAUAUAUUUACACAUGUCUAAAUGAAAAAGAUAAAGAAAAAAUACAUUUUGAUAACUUUAUUGAUGUUCCUUACUCUUAAAAUUUAGAGAAUAUUGGAAACAUUUCAAUGUACUUUGGCAAGUGGCAGAAAAGAGCUAUUAUUAAGGGAAGAUAUUAGGAUUAGUUUUUAUAUAAUAAAUUAUUUUACUAUAUUUACUAUGAUGCAUCUGAAUAAAAUAAAAAAGAUGGCAGAGAAUUGAGAUAAUUUAGAAGCAUAAUUUGCUACAAAGAUAGAAAGACGCAACACGAUUAAAUAAGAAGAAGAAAAGUCUUUAUAAAUAUAGGAAAGACUGAAAAUAAAGUAAAUUACUAAAAAUUAUUUUUAAAAACAAACGAUUAAUAAGGAUCUGAAUAAAUCUACGUAUAUGUGCUAUAUGAUAUUGAAGAACCUAGAAAGAUGUCUACUCAGCUUACCAAUAAUAUAAUUUUUAGCUUUACAGAGAAUAAUCUUUAAAGCAGCUCUUAAUACAUAACUUAUAUUAACUUGAGCUUAAUCUAAAAUGUGAGUUAGUUGCAUAUUGAAAAUUUAUUAGAUUCAUCAAAAAGUAUUAUUGAAGGACUUAACUAUUAAAUUUAUUAAGGUUUACCUUCUAAAGUGCAGCAGAAAAUCAUUUUUAACAAUAAUAACUUGGAUUUCUCUGAUUGUAACUAAUUACUUGAAGAGUAUUUUAAAAAAGCAUUUUAAUUUGAAAAUAUUGAUAUCUAUAAAAGCUUGGAUAAAUAUGCUGAUUAAAUUAAUAUAAGGAAGUAGAGUUAUAGUAUUAGAGCGUAAUCUAAUUAGAUGAAUAUAAAAUAUUCAUUAACAAUGAGAGGUUGUGAUUUAACUAACAUUAAUUAUUUGAUUUUUAAUAAUAUUUAUCUUCGUAAGCUUGACAUUUCUAGAGCUUAAGUAAGAGAUGAUUUUCUGAACUAUCUUGGCACAUAAGAAACACAGUUCUUAACGAGCUUAAAUAUAUCUUACACAACUCUCUUAUACAGUUCUGUCUAUAAUUUCUUCCUUUAAGAUAAACCUAAAGAUUUCUUAGAAACAUUUAUUUGUAGAAAUAUAUAAAUAUAAAAGAAUCAUAUUGUUCAAUCUGGUAAAAGUCUUUUUAAACAUAUCAUCCAAAGCGAUUUAUUACAGCAAGUUUAGUAUUUAGAUAUUAGUGAAAACCCCUAAGUGAACGACGACCUCAUAAGGAUUAUUUAUGGGCACCUAACUUAAUUGAAUCAUUUAAAGAUUAGUUAAUGCCAGAAUGUUAAUGGUACUGACCAUUAAUACCUUUACAUUUUUUCUGAAAAGCUAAAUUCAAAUUUAUUUAAAUUAGAUUUUUCAGGAAAUUAGAUUUCGUUUUCAUAUUUGUAAAAUUCAUAAAAUUAUAGAAGCUUGCGCACGCUAGAUAUCACUAACUGUAAUUUCAAAGACUAAAACUUAUUUGCAUAUCUUUAAACUCAAAAGGACCUCUACAAAAUAAAAUUAGACUAUUAAAUAUUUGCAGAAAAUAACUUUUAUUUCCUUGAAAAUAUUUUUAAAUGCUGUUAAAAAAUGAGAAAAAUUUAUUUGCUUGUAAAAUCUACUGAUAAAUUUGACAUAGAAGGACUUCAAAGAUUCAUUUCUUCAGGAAAGCUACUUGAUCGCUUAGAGCUUAAUUUAUAUUUCAACUUUUAGAAUGAUAAGAAUAACUAAAUUUUAAAUAAAGACACUAGUGUUAAAAACUAUAACAAAUUGCUUGAAAAAUGUUUAUUUUACGUAAAUCAGUAUCCUUAUGUAAAUAUUCAUUUCGGAAAAUAUCAAAUAGUCAACAAGGAAGAUAAAGAUAUAGAAAAUAUUAAAUUUAAUUUCUAACGACUAAGAGGUUUAAAGUCAGGAUUUAUUUAUCAACCAAUAUAAGAAUUAUAAAGCUAAUAAAAUUAUAAUAAAUUUUAUUUUAGUAAGUAGCUUGAUAAUGAAUAUGUGAAUACUAUUAACUUAAGCAACCAUUUUAUUUAAGAAUUAGAAUAACAAGAUAUUGAAUCUUAUUUUGAUCUUGCUAAAAAUAAUUUAAACAUCAAUAAAUUUGUUUAUGAGAGAGAAGAAAUAGAUAGUUUGAAAUGUUAAAAAAUUAUUUCUAAUAUUGUGGAAAGUAAAAUUAAUAAAUUAUUUAUUCUAUCAUCAUUGGUAAUAAAUAAUAAUUUAUAAGGACUAUCAAAUUUAACUUUUCUUUAAUUAUCAGAGCUUAAAAUCGAAUUAUAAUAAGAUGAUAUUUUAGAUUAGUUUAAAAAUUUUUAGCAUAUAAUUGUCAAUACUCUUGAAAUCUAUUUUAAAUAAGAAAACAAGCUAGAUAGAGCACAUUUAUCUAAAUUCAUUUAAGUAACUUCUGUGAGCAAAAGGCUAAAGAUAUCUUUGCAAAAUUACAAAUAGAAUAGCUCAGAAAAUAAUGAAAACUAGCUUAGUAGUAUUUUUUCAUGUUUUACUGAGAAGUACUUUACAAAGUGCAUAAAAUUUUGCUUAGAGUUAAAAGGGAUAUAAUAUAGCACUGAUAUGGAUUUAUAGAGAGUUUCAACAAUAAUUGAAAAUAUGUCUCAAUGCAGCUAAUUCUCUUUAACAUAUUUGGAUUCAAAAAUGAUUAAUUACCAUCAUUUUACAGACGAAAUUUCUAAAUAAAUUAAUAAAUUUUCUUUUUUAGAGUUAUAGUUAAAUAACCUAGACAAUAAUAUAAUUAAGUUUAUCUCAAGCUAGCAUUUUUUACAAAAUCUAGUUUUGAAGAUAAAAGAUUAAGAUUUGUACAAAUAAUUACCUCACUUGUUUAAAUUACCAAUCCAAAUAUUAUAAAUUUAUACAGAGAACAGUAGUAAUAAUGAAAAGAUACAGAAAAUAAUAUAGAGAGAGUAAAAUUUGACGAUCACUUAAAUUUAUUUAAACAACAAAAAAUUAGUUUGA